CUAAGCAGGUGAGGAUCCGCUGUCCUAAGUGAGCGACGCGACGUGAUGCGACCGAUACUUGACGUAACGUGUGUCAUAGGUGACUAAGUAGGACAACGAGUACUGUCCUAAGCAGGUAAGGAUCUGUUAUCCUAGGUGAGCGACGAGACGCGACAUGAAGUGCCAUGACACGACAUAAUGCGACCGUUACUUCACGUGACGUGUCAUACUGACUACAUAGACCUAGUCUACAUCGCAGCAAGUGGCCUCAGGCAUGGAGUACCUGGAGUCCAAGCUGCUCAUCCACCGCGACCUGGCGGCGCGCAACGUGCUCAUCGGCGAGAACAACGUCGCCAAGAUCUGCGACUUCGGGCUCGCGCGCGUCAUCGAGGACAACGAGUACUGUCCUAAGCAGGUGAGGAUCCGCUGUCCUAAGUGAGCGACGCGACCGAUACUGCACGUAACGUGUGUCAUAGGUGACUGUAGGACAACGAGUCGUUUACGUC